AGCAGCCAUCAAUGCGUCAAAUGCCCAGCAGCAGUGGGGAUGAUAGCCAUGACGAGGAUGACGGGACGAUGGCUCUGCAGCUAUUACACCGUGGGACUUCGGUCCUCAUUUCCGGGAAUCAACGCACAAAACAGGCUCUGGUUGGCUUGAAAGGCCGCGUCAGGAAAGCUGUGGGUCUUGGAGGAUGGCACUGGCUGCGGCUGAGCAGCGGGGAGGAAGUAAGGCUGCAGAGGAAUGCACUCACAGUCCUCGAACCACCUACGGGACACCAAGAAUCGGAUUUCUCGGAGGAGGAGGAGAAUGCAGCGAAUCAAGCAGAGGCGCUUCCACGGAUGCGGGCAAGGAGACCACCCAGGCCGCUGGCUCCCUCUCCAGAAUUGCCUCAUCAGCGGCGGAUAUCUGUGCGGCAUGGCAGCCAGCCGAGGAUCAAUUUCCACAAUCUGGAGACUGCAGCGCUGAAGAGGUAUCGGAGGUUCUACAAGCUGCCUGAUGUGGGGCCCAACAGCAGCAAGGACCAGCUCGUCAUGGCUGUGGGCCGACACUUCAUGGCACAGACUGUGGAUGAGAGCAAGGUCAUUGCCCUGUUCGUGGCAGCGGCGAGGCGGGCUGCUUUGGAGCCAAGGGAAGACUAGCAGUGGACUUCAAGAGGGCAGUCUGUGAGGCGGGUGCAUGGCGGUCAGAAUCUUGAUUACGGCAGUGUACUUAUAGUGCAAGACUGGCGCGUUUGCAUCAUCUUUAGCCUGGCGAGUGCAGAUCUCAACUGGGCCACUGCCUCUCUGCAGUCCUUUGUACAAAAUAGAGUGUCAAGACGAUGGAAAGGGACAGCAUGUUCCUGUGUUCGUCAGCUGAAUUGCAAACACUGUUGAGGCCGCAUAGAGGCGGCGUACAUUAGCUUCUUGCAGGCAUUACACCGCAGCCAUCUCUGGCUGCAAUGUACCAUAGCUCAUCUUAUUCAACAGUCAUGAGCGCAUUUUUGAGGUACUGUUUGCUUUUCAGCCAACGCAUGCUUUUAAUCUCGCGCAGCAGCAAUCAGACGGGAUGGGAAUCAUCUUGUUUCCUCGCAGACACUUGUUGGGGAUGUGAGCUCAUGAUGAUAAUGAUUCUGACAUCUUCUGUCAGAUUUUUGACUGCAGUAUAUCUGAGAACAUGUUGUAUGCAAGAAUAAUUUGGUGGCUGCUGUUUCCUAUGGCAAGGCUGCUGACCUGAUGUGUUGCUAGUGUAAUUAUGUACCGCUGCAUGCUACUUACUAAUUCCAUGUGUCACUGUAAUCUGGAGGGCAACAUGUACAUGUCCUUUCUGAUC